AGAAAAAUUUUAAAAUUAGAUAGGUUAAUUUCAUCGAAUAUGCAUCAUGGCCAGCGAAGUUUGAACGAUUGCGCCCAAAUGCAGUGAUAUCAAAGAAGAUAGAAUGAGAACGAGACCUUCCUUGAGCAUCAAAGAGAUUGUCCCUGAGACAUAGUCGUGUCUGAAAUAUGGUUUUGCCUUGUUUGUAUUAAAUUCUAUAAUUUUUAAAAUUGCAUAUAUAAAUUACUGAUUUGUGUGUAUAUUUAUGAGAUUAGGUAGAAAAGUCCCAAAGGACAGUUGAUAUUUACUUGUAAAAAUAAAUAAAUAAAAUAUACACAAAUCAAGCUAGGUUAAUUAGUUUAUACUGGAUAAAUGCAACAAGGAACCUUAAAGUGUUUGUUUUCGGGGUUUAAGAAGUAUAUACAGAUGCAAUAUUUUGAGACAUUUCAUCUCACAUUCAGAUUCAGAGUUGAGAAUUAAAUUUAAUACAAGAUGGUACAGUGGUCUACUGUAUUUUUAAAUUAUAUUGCAUGUUAAUUUAAACAACUAAAGUUAUAGUUUAGUUAUAGGAUUACUAUCCAGAGUUAUUUGGUUAAUAUUUAUUUUGGAAUGUAUUGGAAAUACAGCAAACACUCAAUUUAAUGGACUAGUUAGAGCAAGUGGGAGUGUGUUAAUGUCAAAAUCCAUGACAUUGAACAUUAUCAAUGAAAAGACAGUUGAUGUCAUUUUAAAUUGUAAGGAUUAAAAAAUUAUUUAAUAAAUAAAUAAUUCAGAAAUUAUAGAAAAACACUGUUUCAUUAUAUUCUGCUUCGUGUUUGUGUGUUAUUUUUACAGAAAAGAGAUUCCAUGUAUUCCAUCCCAACUCUGAUUCUAACAGAACAUGCUCCCAUGCCAACAUGGAGUAAACUUAAAUUGAUGAACUUGAACAGAUUUUUUAAUCCUUUGUUUUGACCAGCCCCCAUUCUGUUCAUAAUGGGGCAGUUAGGUCGGAACUGACAUAUCCACGGCAGAUCAUCAAGGGAAAAUACUUGGGGUUUUUCAAUCAAUCUGGAUUCAUUUUGUGUCUCCCAGAUCAGUGGGCUAACACCUUAUCCACUCAGCCAUCCUGCUGUCAAGCUUAAAUAGCAGCUGAAUCAGUUUCCUGCUAAUAUACCACCUACUCCCCUCUGUUUCUUACUUGUUAGUCAAAAUGAAUGAAUUCUGCAGUUUGUUAAAUUGAAAGUUUACUGUAUUCAUUAUUACCGGUAAUUAAACAACAGGAAAAAUUUUAAUAAUAAAAAUAUUCAAAGUUUAAGAGAAAAAAUAAAAGUGUGAAAUUUUAUAAAAUAUUUUUGCUUUUUUUUAAUAUUUAUUUAUAGUUUUAAAAUUUUCUUUUAUAGCUGAAGCUGGAAUAUUACCAUUUCUAUCUGUGAUAGCCGGACAACAGCAAAUUUCAGCUUCGGCGGUAGGAGUGAUAUUUACUAUUCUUCCUUUUAUUACGCUAGCAGCAAAACCAUUCUUUGGUAGUGUUGCCGAUCAUCUACAAAAGUUAAAACUUAUGUUGAUAUUAUUUAUUAUAACAUUAACAUUAUCUUAUCAUUGUAUGUAUUAUAUACCAAAACUUUUUAUUAAAAACGAAGAAACAAAUUUAAAUAUUUUGCUAUUUUGCAAUACAAUCACUUCUUAUUUCACUUUAGAUGAUAAAUAUAAUUUGUCGUGCUUCCAUUCUGCAUUGAAGAAUAAUUACACAGAAUGCAGCAUGUCCUGUCAGCCUUGUAACUACUUAAAAAAUAAAACAAAUAUUCAUAAAUUUGAAAAUUUUACAUUAUUGGACUUUGCUUUGUGCAAACAAGAACAUUUACAGUAUUCAGUAAGCAUUGAAAAUAUUUCUGAUGCUUUUGUUAUUACAGAAGCAGCAUGGAGAAGUACAUCUGUAAAUCCAGUAUGCUUUGAUGAACGACAAUUUUAUUGCAGUAUGAAAUGCAAUAUAUCAUUUACAAACUGCAUCAAUAAUGAAGAAGUUAUUUAUAAAACUCCACAGUUUUGGUUAUUUUUUACUUUUAUUAGUGUUUCCUGGGUUUCUUCUGGUGUAAUAACGUCAUUAUCUGAUGCGGCUUGCUACGAAUUACUAGAUGAAAGGAACGAUCUCUACGGAAAACAAAGGUUGUGGGGCACUAUAGGAUGGGGUGUGUUUAGUUUAUUUACUGGUCUUUUAAAUGAUCUCAUAACAGGAGAUUCACCACAUAAAAAUUAUUCUGCCAGUUUCUAUAUGCUCAUUGCACUUGUAGUUUUAGAUUUAAUUAUUCUAAUAGAUUCCAAUAUUAAAAAUGCUAAAUUUUCUGAAACCUCUUUCAAAAAUGUAUGUAUGCUGUUUUCCCAGAUUCGUAUAGUUAUUUUUAUAACAACUGUUUUUAUUAUUGGGGCUCUUACGGGUCUUCAAUGGUCAUACUUUUUUUGGUACAUGACAGAUUUAAAAGCUAAUCAAUUAAUAAUGGGUUUAGCUUUAGGUGUAGAAAGCUUUCUUGGUGAAUUGCCAUUUUUCUUCUUUGCCGGAGAAAUCAUAAAAAAGUUAGGUUAUGUAAACACCAUCAGUCUUACUUUAUUUUCUUUUUCAAUACGCUAUUUAUUGUAUUCUGUUAUUAAUGAUCCAUGGUUGGUUCUACCAGUAGAAUUGUUACAAGGACCAACGUUUGGUAUAUUUUAUGCUGCAAUGACUUCAUAUGCAAACAUGAUGGCACCAGCAGGAACAGAAGCAACAAUGCAAGGAAUAUUAGGAGGAAUAUUUGAAGGUUUAGGUAAGUUUUUGGAUUCUCAAAAAUUUUUCAAAACUUUAAAUUUCUUAUAUUAGUUAUUUGUAUUGUUGAAACUCAAUUAUCCAAAACAGUUUUUUUAAAAUAAAAAGAAACCAGAGUGUGUAGCAUUGUACAAAGACUAAAUUCUUCAUGCCACUAGAAAUUGCUUUAUCAUCUGUCAAUUGUGGUGGUACUAAAGUACUGUAGAUCACUACAUAACAUUACAUUAGGUUUUGAGUAAAGUAAUUUACCUUCAUGUACAAUAAUUACAUUAUAGUAUUUA